GAGGCACGGCUGCAGAGGUGGCUGGAGUAGGAGCAGAGGCUAAGCUCUCACAUCUUCAGGCAGGCAUAGGAAACAAGAGAAUGACUAGAGAUUUGGCAAGGCUUAAGAACUCUCUAAGCCUGUCCUCAGUGAUGUGCUUCUUCUGGCAUGGCCACACCCACAAGUUUGAUACCAGCAACACUGAGGCCGUGUCACAAACACCCCAGCAGACUAAAGCUCUGCUGUAGUUCCUCUAGGCCUCUCUGCCCUCACCAAGGCUCUGAAAACAAUUUUGAAGGAGGCAGAGGUUUUCCAGGCUUCAGCUGAACAGCGAGCAUUCCCUAUAGAUGCGAGAUCUAGACAGCCAUGAACGGAUCCAAAUUUGCCACUAAAUCAGCGUUUAGCAAUCAGAUUCACAGUGUCUCAGCCAGACACUUGACCCAGGGCAUCUCCUGAUAGUCCUCUGCCCUGAAGAAUCCCUCUUGGACUUGUAAUUCUCACAGGAAACUGGUGAGAAGGUAUCCUGUUGAUUUCGCUCUGGCUGGGUGUCACUUGCCAUUUGGCACUAAAAAGAGCUAAAUAUAUUCGAUGCAACAGCACCUUGUUAGGUUCUAGCUUAGCAUCAAGAAUCACAAGACAGAAAAAUACUGAGAAGAUUCUACCCGUUUGUUAAAACAUUUUCACCAACUAUGAAAAGACCACUUUUAAUAUUUGUUUCGCGGGGAAAAACAUUAUGGGUAUCAUGGGAACAAAUUCUGAAAUUCUCGUUCAAUCACUUCUUUUUGAGCCAACAUCUAGGAGGCCCAGAGAAAGGAAGUUAUUCCCCAAUGCCAUUCAGCAAAUCCCUAAAGGUUGCGAGGAGCGCGCUGUAUCCAUACUUCCACUACCCGCCUGGGUCUCCACUACGUGAAAGAAAAAAAAAAGGGUUUUAAUGGGAGGCACCGUGUCCUCUCCAGGGUGCCCUAAAAUUCCUGCAGACGACGACACCCACUGGAGUCGGGUUAGCGCUCUCGGCGUUCUGACUUAGUUGGCUUAAAUAGGCUCUGCUUCGCUGGAGCGGAGCCCCGAUUCCCCACCUCCAGGAAUCCUGGGCGGAGGAUGUUGCCUUUAGCCAAUUCCACAUCUUCCGGAGCCUGACCAGGGCCAGCCCAGCCUCUCUGCUGAGGCCCACUUCCUAGCUGGGGCAGCACCCGGGCGGUCAGCCCCUAGAGGAGGCCACACCCACGCGGGCCGCGCACAGCGGGAGCUGGAAGCCGGGCGGGGAGCUGUGUAGGCCAGGCGCACGCGGGGCAGAAUUUUGAGGAUGUCAGAUGUAAAUGUAUCUGUCCUCCCUAUAAAGAGAAUCCUGGACAUAUUUAUAAUAAGAACAUAUCUCAAAAAGACUGUGAUUGCCUUCAUGUUGUGGAGCCCAUGCCUGUGCGGGGGCCUGACGUAGAGGCGUACUGUUUACGCUGUGAAUGCAAAUAUGAAGAAAGAAGCUCUGUCACUAUCAAGGUUACCAUUAUAAUCUAUCUCUCUAUUCUGGGCCUUCUACUUCUGUACAUGGUGUACCUUACGCUAGUUGAGCCCAUCCUGAAGAGGCGCCUCUUUGGACACUCUCAGCUGUUGCAGAGCGAUGACGAUGUUGGGGAUCACCAGCCUUUCGCAAACGCCCAUGAUGUUCUGGCCCGCUCUCGCAGUCGAGCCAAUGUCCUAAACAAAGUAGAAUAUGCUCAACAGCGCUGGAAGCUUCAAGUUCAGGAGCAGCGAAAAUCUGUCUUCGACCGCCAUGUUGUCCUCAGCUAAUCUGGAAUUGAAUUCAAGGUGACUAGAAAAACCAAGGCAGACAAGUGGAGAGAACUGGGUGUUCCUGGGCUUUGCUUUAAUACCCUAUUGAUUUUACCAGCUCUGGCUGGAAGACUCCAAGUUGGAAGCAAACCCACAUGCUUACUGUUUUUUCUUGUUAAUGCAUUAAUGGAGACAUUUUUAAAAGCACACAGUUCAAAGUUAGCCAAUAAGCCUUUUCCUACUUGUGACUUUUACUAAUAAAAUUAACUCGGCCUGUAAGUUAUCUUGAAGUCCUUACCUGGAACAGCACUCUUUUUGACCACAGUUUUAACUUGAUUUUCAAGGUACUUUUCAAGUGUUUUUGGUGUUUGUGAUGGAGGAGGGAUGUCUGGGAAAUGCUUGCCACAACUUCUCCACAGUUGCUUCACUAAACAGACUUUUGUAAAUAGGCCGUAGCUUCUGUUUGGUUAACAUUUCCCAGGGCAGCCAGCCGCCUCGGAGUGCUGACUUCCCAUCUGACUUUCGUACCGACUCUUCCCUAAGUCUCUGGUUGGCCUAUGGCUGUAUUUCAUGGUGAGUUGGAUCUGGAAUGCCUGGCAGCUCUUUACAAAAUGCAGACUUUUUCCAUGUACAGUGACGUCUGAUACAGUGCAUCCUAGGACAAACUGCCAUUUGCUGGUUUACUCUAAUGACUAAACAUAGUCUCUCUGUGUGGUCUUCCUCAUCUCCUAGUAUCUAAAAGGACUUGGACACUUAGAAUAAAGACAUUUUCUCUUAAACCCAAGCCUCCCUGGACGGAUGAUAUACACAUAUUGGUUUCCGGUCGCACUGAGAGGCAGCUGUUUGAGCUUUGAACUAGGACUGGGGUUCAAAUCAGCUCUCUUGGAAAAGUAAGAGUUAUUGGAUAACUGGCUUUUUUCUUCUAUGACCUCUUUGGAAUGUAACAAUAAAAUAAUUUUCGAAACACCUA